AUGUCCGUCGGGAGCAGCAGUGCCACAGGGCAUGCGCACGCACAGCAGCCUCAGCAGCAGGAAGAUCAGGAGGAUCUGUUUCCCCCUGACAAUUUUUCCAUGGUUGACGCUGGCAUAUACCGAAGUUCAUUCCCGAUGAAGAAGCACUUCCCGUUCCUACGAAAGCUCGGUCUGCGAACGAUACUAACGCUAGUGAUCGAAGAGCUCCCACCGGCCAACCUGGACUUCGUUCAGGCUCACGGGAUCCGAUUGGAGCCGUUCAAGUACAUCCCCCUCGAGGAAGUGAAGUUUGCCGUGCGAGAAAUGUCAGAUGCGAGUAACCACCCGAUGCUGGUACACUGUAACAAGGGGAAACAUCGCACAGGAUGCCUAAUCGGCUGCUUCAGAAGGACGCAAGGAUGGGCGGUGAGCUCGAUCUUCGAGGAGUACUCCCACUUCGCUAGUCCCAAGGCCCGGCUCGUCGACCAACGGUACAUCGAACUCUUCGAGCCCGAAGACGAAAAUGCCGCUUCCAAAAAGAGUGUGCUCACCUCUCGGAUAUGGAUCUCGGAGCCCGCAGAUCCACCGGGCAAGCUUGCGAGAUAG